AUGAGUGGCUAUUCCAAAAUGGAUCCAACAGACGAGAAAGCUGACCCGGUCGACCAUCAGACCCAGAAGCCCGAUCCGGAACCGAUUGAAAUGAAACCAAAGCUGAGCAGGAACAGGUCAGUGUCUGCAUCAGGGCAAGCGGUUCCAUCAAAGGCUGCUAUGUCUAUGAGAAGAUCUUCGUCUGUCUCUGAACGCUACUGUAGGAUCUAUGACCAGAGCUCUGCCACGUGGCCUCUUCCUUUCCAUGAAGAAGAUGAAGAGGACGAAGAUGAUAAAGAGAAGGCGCAGAAGAAGAAGAAGAGCAACAACAUCAAGAAAAAAGCAUUUCUCAAGGCUUGUAAGCGAUUUUUUGGUAUCUCUUGA